AACUAUUGACUGGUCAGAUCUUUACAGCACCUACAAGAAUGACAGACAUUUAUUUUGCAAUAUUCCUAAAUCGAUUUCCUAUUUUCAUUCAAACAUUCAGAGCACAUAUAAAAAUAACUACAUUUCCUGUAUAAAAGAAAUAGUCCAUAUUUAUUGAGUAUUAUCACGAUUAUUGCACAAGUAGUACAUUUAUGUAUAAUAUAUGGCUGUCUUAUUAGACUUUAUUGGAAUAUGACUCUGCAGUAAUAUUGACAAUUUGUAUUGACCCUUCUCUUAUUCAACCAAGAUUAGGUACUUAUAAAUCCUGCAAUACAUUUGGCAUUACUUACCAAGCCACACUACACCAAGUCACACCCCCAAGACAAGGUCCAUAGAGAAGAUGCCAAACUACAAACUCACCUACUUCAACGCCCGUGGCCGUGCUGAGGCUGCAAGGCUCAUCUUCAAGCAAGGUGGAGUGGAGUUUGAUGAUGUCAGAAUAGAUGGGGAAGCAUGGGGAGCUAUGAAGGGAACAGGAGUUGCACCAUAUGGGCAACUACCAAUCCUUGAGGUUGAUGGAAAAGUGCUUGGACAAAGUGUGGCAAUUGCCAGAUUUGCUGCCAGAGAAACAGGUAUGCUUGGAGAAAACAGCUUUGAUAUGGCAGUAGCUGACUCUGUUGUUGAUUCAGUAGGAGAUGUCUCACAAAGUCUCUACCAGGCACACUUUGAGAAAGAUGAUGCCAAGAAGGCAGAGAUGAUGAAAAAAAUAAAGUCAGAGACUGUGCCUAACUGGUGCGCAGCCAUGGAGAAACUAAUUGCAGGCGAUUACGUCGUAGGAAGCAAAAUGACUUGGGCAGAUAUCGGCAUCUAUCAGUUGGUGUCUGGAUUACAAGAACGCAUGCAGGACGAGGAGGAAAAAAAUGCAACAAAAACCAAAUACCCCAAACUCAUACAGCUCGUUGAACGUGUUGCCGCUGCACCAAAUAUUGCUAAAUGGGUGAAAGAACGCCCUGAAACUAACAUGUAAUCAGAACUAUUCAAAUAAACUGUAUCUGAUGUUAAAACUUGUAGUGCUGUGUAUACAUGUCGAUGAGAUAGACUGAGGAUACUACAUGAAUAUGGACAUCCUUCCACUGACUUACCUUUUAGUGCUAUGUGUAUUAGUACAUAUAUAAUGCAUGGAUCCAUCAAAGGAUCCGAGCAUUAGAGAACUA